GUCACGCCAGGCUAGAGCUGCUGGACAAUCCGACAGCGAAUGCCUAGAUCGAACUCUCAAUUGCGCCUGCCUUUCUGCCUAAUUGUUCCAUGCGCUAUCCUGCGCAUAUUCUCACCGAAAUCUUUUCCUGUUCGACUAUUUAUCGCACCGUUUCUCCCCUACCGCAUUCAACAGCCUACAGCCUACCUCCAUGCCGAACUGAGCGGCUGUCAUUCCCUUUCUUCAACUCCCCGCCAUACCAACCUCCGCAAGAGCUAAGCCAAACUGGCUCUCAGGCUCCCCUUAUCCUUCCCCAUUCUCAGGUCCACGCGCCUCGCCAGCCUUAGGGCUUCAACGACUUCCCGUUGCUGCUGCUGUCUUCCCGGCAUACCUGGCGGCCUGGACGGUCGCCGUCAGAGCAGGUUGACUGCGGUUACUACUCCUACCGGGUUGAGAAACUUGACGUUGGGUCCGCUGUGGAAGCUGAGAGAACAGGCGGCGGAAAUGGCGCCUAAGCAGGCUACGCUGGGCAAGUUCUUUGGGCAGGCGAAUGGGCCCAAGAACAAAGGGGCGCCGCCGCAACAGACCAAGUUGAGCUUCUCGACAAAGGCGGGACCAAAAGGGAGGAAGGAGGAUGAGGUAAAAGAGGAGGUGGAGAAACAGGAACUUGAGGAGAAGGUUGGGUCGGACAAGGAAACUGGUAAGAAGAGAGGGCGACCUGUCAAGGCGGCUGCAGCCGAGCAGAAGACCAAGAAGGAGGCUGCCGAUGAGGACGAGGAUGCUGAGGUUGCAGCGCCCGCUAGUAAACGACCGCGGAGGGGUCGGAAAGUAAUCGAAGAGGAGGAUGAGGACGAGGACAUGGAGGAUGUGCCGGAGCCGGCGGCCAAAAAGACCAAGACGACUACUCCAAAAUCGAAAACAUCGCGGAAAACGGACUCUGAGCCAACAUCGAUUCUGAAGACAGGGGCUGAGGAGGAAACUCCCGUGUCGUCAUCCGAGGUCGAAGAGGAGGAACUUCAAGACGAGGAGGAGAGGCCCGAGGUCGCGGCCAAGGCGCGGCAGAAGGUCCAGGCCAGCCUGAAAUCGGACGUCAAGCACCCCUAUCCGGACUGGAAAGCAGGCGAGCCAGUGCCGUACGCUGCGCUCUGCAGGACCUUCUCGCUCAUCGAACUCACCACCAAGAGGUUGGAGAUCAUGGCGCACUGCUCACUCUUCCUGCGUCAGGUCUUGAAGCUCACCCCUGAUGACCUCUUGCCGACCGUCCUCCUCAUGAUCAACAAACUUGCGCCGGACUACGCCGGCAUCGAGCUGGGGAUCGGCGAGUCCUUGAUUAUGAAAGCGAUAGGCGAGACCACAGGGCGCAGUUUGGCUGUUAUCAAGCAAGAUCAGAAAGAGAUAGGCGAUCUAGGACUGGUCGCCGUCAAAUCCAGGUCAACACAGCCGACCAUGUUCAAGCCCAAGCCGCUCACCAUCCGAGGCGUGCAUAAGGGGCUGAUGGCGAUUGCCACCAUGACCGGCAACGGCGCGCAGGGGAGAAAGGUGGACAGCAUCAAAAAGCUUCUUUCCGCGGCGGAUGCGAAUGGAACGGGCAAGGUGGACAUCACCAAGGACAAAGGCGGGCCGAGUGAGGCCAAGUAUCUCGUUCGCUUCCUCGAGGGCAAACUGAGGUUGGGCCUGGCUGAGAAGACGGUCAUUGUCUCGCUCGCGCAAGCAAUAGUGGCUCAUGAAGCAGCCCAGAAGGGCCAGGUGCCGAGUACGGCCGACAUUGAGAAGGGCGAAGCUAUUCUCAAGACGGUUUACAGCGAACUGCCUAGCUACGAUGUCAUCAUCCCCGCGAUGGUGGAGCACGGCAUCCAGAACCUGAGAGAGCAAUGCAAGCUGCGCCCCGGCGUUCCCCUCAAGCCCAUGUUGGCGAAGCCGACCAAGGCCAUCACCGAAGUCUUGGACCGCUUCGAGGGCCAGACCUUUACAUGUGAGUACAAGUACGACGGCGAACGAGCGCAGAUCCACUACGUCGCCAAGGACACGGACGAGGAGCUCAGCCAGUCGGCCAUGAGUGCCACCAAGGAGGUCGGCAAGGGUGUGGCUGCCAUCUUUUCAAGGAACUCGGAAGACCUCUCCAACAAGUACCCUGAUAUUCUCGCCAAGCUGCCGACUUGGGUGAAGGAGGACACCAAGAGCUUCGUCCUGGACUGCGAGUCUGUGGCCUGGGAUGUUCAGGAGAAGAAGGUUUUGCCCUUCCAGCAGCUCAUGACCCGGAAGAAGAAGGACGUCAAGGUGGAAGAUGUCAAGGUCAAGGUGUGCGUGUUCGCCUUUGACCUGCUCUACCUGAACGGUGAGGCGGUCGUGGAGAAGUCCCUCAGGGAGCGCCGCGAGCUGCUGCACAAGGCCUUCCAGCCUGUCGAGGGGGAGUUUGCGUUCGCCACAUCCAUGGACGGCCAGGAGUUGGACGAGAUCCAGUCGUUCCUUGAUGAAUCUGUCAAGGCCUCGUGUGAGGGCUUGAUGGUCAAGAUGCUGGACGGCGAGGAGAGCGGGUAUGAGCCGAGCAAGCGGAGUCGGAACUGGCUCAAGAUCAAGAAGGACUACCUCUCGGGCAUCGGCGACUCGCUCGACCUGGUCGUCCUGGGCGCCUACCACGGCAAGGGCAAGCGCACGUCGGUCUACGGCGCCUUCCUGCUGGCGUGCUACAACCCGGGCACUGAGAUGUACGAGACUGUGUGCAACAUCGGCACGGGCUUCAGCGAGGCGGUGCUCGAGGAGCUGCACACUUCCCUCUCCCAAAUUGUCAUUGACCGGCCAAAACCCUUUUACGCGCACAGCGCCGGCGGGCAGCACCAGCCCGACGUCUGGUUCGAGCCGCGGUACGUGUGGGAGGUCAAGACGGCCGACCUGACACUCAGCCCGCGGUACAAGGCGGGCAUGAAGGAGGGGGUCGACCCGAACGGCGAGAAGGGGAUCAGUUUGAGGUUUCCGAGGUUUAUUCGAGUGAGAGAUGAUAAGAAGCCGGAUGAGGCGACGACGAGCAGGCAGGUGGCGGAGCUGUAUCGCAAGCAGGAGAGCGUGACCAAGAAUAAGGGGCCGGCGGCGGAUGAUGAUUUCGAGUAUUAGGCUGGUCAAGGGAGAGAGUGGUUCGUGCCAUGCGUGUAUUGUUACUCUAGGGUUGAGUUGGCGGCGUUUACGACAUCGCAGAUCAAGGACAAAUAGUUUGGGGCCAUUUAUUCCGCUCGGCCAACCAGUGGAAUGUUUCUAUCCACGUUUUGGAAACACAUUCUCCACUGCAGCUCCAAACAUAUCACUCCCAGCUCGACCUCCGUGGCCCUCGUCAUCAGUUGGGGUGCUGUCAUGGCAACCCAAAUGUGGCUGGACGCGUUAUGUUUGCGGAUUCUCAACGCCACGCCGUUUGAAUCACCUCUCUCCCCAACGUGCCCACCAUCUUCGGCCGCUCACCAAUACCCAUCAGCGCCAGG